ACGUUCCAGGCUCCAAAAAUAUCCUUCAAAUUACUUUUUGAUAGGUUAGUUGCCGACGUAGUAAUUGUCGUCUUUGUAGAACGAAUCUAUGUAUCACUUGGUCAACUGGACGUAAAAAAUCUGGAAUUUCAGGAACGACUUUGUGUC